AUGGGUUGCCUCGGUGCUGUUGCUGGAUCCAUCCUGUGUUUCAUUGCUCCUGGGUAUCUCUGCAUAUACAUCUCGAAGAGCAAGAGAUUCUUCGCUGCUGAGAAUUGGUUGUAUGCAGCAUUCGUUAUCCUGGGUUGCAUUACCUUGGUUGGUGGUACCGCGAUAUCGGUUUACCAGAUCCUAGAGUUCGCUGAGUAG